AUGGCCUGGAGCACAAAUAAGCCGCAUCACCAGUCCUACCUCACUUUGCCUUCGAGAUAUAAGUCUUCACAGAAUCACCACCAGCAUCAGUAG